CACCAACGUUAAAUGGCUACAUUUGAUGCAUGGUCAGGUUGGGGAAGUUCUGGUCUUAUUGUUCUGAGUUUGUCAGUGCUGGAUAUUGUAUGGACCAUGGAGCAAUGGAUGUCUUUAAGAGAAGAAAAAUUUUUUGUGACAUGCCACCAAGUAUUGAUCAUAGUGAAACACAAUCUGGGAGAAGAAAAUGAAAUGAAUUAUAGUUGGAAUUAAUGAGCAAUGUAGUGAACUUAGUCCUAUACAUUAAAAGCUACUCUUGGACCUAAGCAAAACAAAAGGUUGGGCUGCAUGAAGAUCUCAUCGCAGUUCCCGACACUGAAAAUGCACCUUACCAUAAACACAGACUAUAUUCAGAGCUGAUGGAAACAUACUUUCUGUAAGGUUAUGGUAUCUCAAUCUAUACAUGCAAAACCAGGAAUAGCAGCCAUGUUUGAAUCUUGGGGUACCCAUCAUUAACAUGCUGUGGUCGCCAUUGACCAGAAACGUAACUGAAGCAGCUACAUAAAUACUGUGGCUCGUGGCACAGGUUGGAGGCUGGACAUUCUAUGAAUCCAGCCACUAUCACGAGGAUACUUCUCAGCCACUUCAACUGGGAUAAGGAGAAACUAAUGGAAAGAUACUUUGAUGGAAACUUGGAGAAACUUUUUGCAGAAUGUCAUGUAGUAAACCCUUAUAAAAAAUCUCGAACACGCCAGAUGAACACUCGAUCAUCCUCACAGGACAUGGUUUGUGCGAUCUGCUACCUGAAUUAUCCUAACUCGAAAGAAGAAAGUGGGGGGUCUGGAAGCGCCACUAGGAUCACUAACUCAGUAUCAGAUUGCCAGUACUUCACAGGUUUGGAGUGUGGUCACAAAUUCUGUAUGCAGUGCUGGAAUGAAUACUUAACUACAAAAAUCAUUGAGGAAGGUAUGGGGCAGACUAUAUCCUGCCCAGCUCAUGGCUGUGAUAUCCUAGUUGAUGACAACACAGUUAUGCGUUUGAUCACAGAUUCCAAAGUCAAGUUGAAGUACCAGCAUUUAAUAACAAACAGUUUUGUAGAGUGCAAUCGACUGUUAAAAUGGUGCCCUGCCCCUGACUGUCACCAUGUUAUUAAAGUCCAGUACCCUGAUGCAAAACCAGUUCGCUGUAAAUGUGGGCGGCAGUUCUGCUUCAACUGUGCUGAGAAUUGGCAUGAUCCUGUUAAAUGCAAGUGGUUGAAGAAGUGGAUUAAAAAGUGCGAUGAUGACAGUGAAACCUCCAAUUGGAUUGCAGCAAACACUAAGGAAUGCCCGAAAUGCCAUGUUACCAUUGAGAAGGAUGGUGGAUGCAAUCACAUGGUUUGUCGCAAUCAGAAUUGUAAAGCAGAAUUCUGUUGGGUCUGCCUUGGUCCGUGGGAGCCACAUGGAUCUGCCUGGUAUAACUGCAAUCGUUACAAUGAAGAUGACGCAAAGGCUGCAAGGGAUGCUCAGGAGCGUUCUCGAGCGGCACUCCAGCGGUACCUAUUUUACUGCAACCGUUACAUGAACCACAUGCAGAGCCUGAGGUUUGAGCACAAGCUCUAUGCUCAGGUCAAGCAGAAGAUGGAGGAAAUGCAGCAACACAAUAUGUCUUGGAUUGAGGUGCAGUUCCUGAAGAAAGCUGUGGAUGUGCUCUGCCAGUGCCGCGCCACGUUAAUGUACACUUACGUCUUUGCUUUCUACCUCAGAAAGAACAACCAGUCCAUUAUCUUUGAGAACAAUCAGGCAGAUCUGGAGAAUGCAACAGAAGUGCUGUCUGGCUAUCUGGAGAGGGACAUAUCCCAGGACUCUCUGCAGGACAUCAAACAGAAAGUACAAGACAAGUACAGAUACUGUGAGAGCCGGAGGAAGGUGUUGCUACAACAUGUGCACGAAGGCUACGAGAAAGACCUUUGGGAGUAUAUCGAGGACUGAGGCUCAGCUUGCAAUGAACUGUCAACCCAUUAGCAACAGAGUGCUGAUGCAAAUAAAGUGGGCGGCACUGGCCCUUGCAGAUACUGCUGGAGUUCUACCCUACUUUUUGUUAAUGGAAAGUUUAAGUAAAUUAUAUUGUAAUAAAAAAGUAGAUAAAACCACAAAAUGUACAACAGUAUUGUAAGUGGAUGAAGGGUAUGACACACUAAAAACCCUCCAACUUUAAUCUGUAAUGUAGCUACAUUCUGAGAGCUGAACCAUUUUCUGUUUCCUUUCAUUUAUUCAUUUUCUCUGUGUGUAGUAAUUGAACUGAAACUGUUUUGACCUGGCUCCUCUUUUCCAGCCAGACAUUAAUUGUAUGUAGGUUCCCUGUUUGUGAAUGUUGAUUGGCUAACUGUAAGGCAGCGCUCUGGGGGAUAUCUUUGUAUAUGACUUUUAAAAGGAGGACACAGUAUUUUUCAAAUUGUAUAUAGCGCAUAUGCAUGGUUGAGCGAGAGCAAGCGUGGCACGUGUUUGCAUAAUGUUUAAUUACAAAAAAUAUUUAUUCUUUAAAAACCUUCAAGAAUAUGUAUAUUUGCUGUGCAGUUUCUUUAGGUUUGCUAACCUUUGACCUCAACGCUGUUAGUGGAAUGUGAAUUUAAUUUUCUGCUUUUUCUGCUUUUUUUAAAAAAAACAAGUUUUUACCUUGUAAUUUUCCAUAGUACUAGUUGUAGACUCGAGCUGAGAUCUGGUGGUGUCGAGUUUCCCCGAUAUUGACCUCCUCCCCCUGCCCCUUCCCCACCCCUGUCAUUUGUCAUUGCUGCUUUUCUACCCCGCUGCAUCUUCUAGCUAAUGACCGUCACCUCCAGCUUCAGCAGAAGCCCUCAGUACUUUCCUUUUCUUUACUGUAUAAAAAAUUUUUAAAAAAUACCCGUAAAAUUGUACAGAUCUCGUCAGACAAUAGGAGCGGUACAGGUAGCCAACAUUUGGAAGAGAACAGCAUUCGGCUUGUGUGUGUGUCUCUCUCUCCCCCCUCCCCCUAUACCUCCACUGUCCUGGGUGUUAAUGGCUGCUGUCCUUGCUGUGCUCUGCCUGUGUGUUGCUAUCCCAGCGUUUAGAGGUUAGGGUUGAAGGAUCAUUGCUUGGUGGGGCUAAGUGAAAGAUGGACUGCUAUGUUCUAAACUGGCAACCAACCCAAGCUGCAAGUAAUAGUUUUGUUCCACUUCACCAUUAAAUUGGUUGUAUAUAUCAAAAAGAAGGUUGUCUGAGGUUUAAACCUAGCACUGGGUUCCUUAGCCCCACACUCAUUGCUGUGGAAUUUUUGUGUUUUUUUUCUUUUUGUUGCACUGGGACAAUGUAUUGUCAAAUUCUCAAACGUUGAAAGAUUUGUAGCUGUAAUGGAUGAAUCCAUGACAAACUUACACAAUUGUAAAGCUUGAAUACUGCAAAGCAUUUACUGACGAUAAAGGUUUAAUUUGGGUA